GUUUAACACGUCAACUUCAACAACAAAGUAAAUCAAAUAAAAGUAAAAUUAGAAAAAAUUAAAUAAGAUAUAAUUGAUUUCAAAACAAUAAGUGAGAUGGAGAGCAGCGAAGGGCCAGCUGGAAGCUCAAAUGAGCUCCGAGAGCGCAAGUGCACAGACAUAAACAAGGAUUUGUCAACAAAGGAGGCAUAUUUUGCUAGCCUCGCAGAAUGGGCGAAACAGGCGGCGCUCAUGCAAAUGUUUCCCAAUUAUCUGCUCGCCAAUUAUAGCUAUCCACAAUUGUUGCAAACUCCAUUGCCAUAUGCAGCGCCGCCAGGCAUUGAGCAGCUGCAGACAAAUCGCCAAACCCAGCAGCCGCAGCAGCAGUCAGCGCAGGCGAAUGCAUCGCCAGCUGUUAGGCCCAGCUUCAAUCGUUUUCGGGUUCUUGACGAAGUGCAGCAACAAGAGAUUAUCCAAAGAGUUGGUGGCACUGAAAUGGUUGUGGCGCCGUUUUGGAAACGCGCCUUUGCGGAGGCCAUAGAUAUUUUCAUAUUAUUCAUAUUGAAAAUAAUUGUGACCUUUUCACUGUUUCACGUUUUUGAUCUGGAUUUCGACAAGGAUGUGAUGCGUAAGACAUUGGAAGAUGACGAUAUCUUUGUGAAUUUUCUGGAUAUCUCAAUGGACUUUAUAAGUCUUUCGUCGGAUCUAAUACUAAUUGAGUUGCUGACCAAAUUGUUAGUAUGCUGCUAUGAAUGCCUCUGGACGGUGUUCUAUAAUGGCGCAACACCUGGCAAAUCGCUGAUGAAGAUUCGUAUACUCUAUGUGGAGGCCGUAAUGCCGCUGCAGGCACCUGUUAUGCCUCAAUUUGUUUUCCAAGCCCAGCGAGAACCGUUGCGAGCUGUGCUCUAUCCCGCCGAGACACCUAGCUUCCUCAGGGCAUUGAUGCGUGCAUUAGCCAAGAAUCUGGUCAUGACGCUACUCUUUCCCAUCUGCGUCGUUAUGGUUUUCUUUAAGAACAAUCGCACAGCCUACGACAUUAUAACAAAGACUAUAGUUGUCGAGACAAACCGAAAUCCAGCUCCACCCGCCGUGCCGCCCGCCGUGCCACGCCCACAUCAGCAGUAGUCAGACACAAGAUGCGGGACACAUCUAUAUAUAAUGCCAAAUCUUGUGAAGAAAUGUAGACGACCGUGGCAUAACAGAAACAAAUUAAUUUAUAAUUUUUGUUAACCAUAAAAUGUCUGAGUUCAUGUUUGUCAGAUAGACAAAAAUAUUUUCUUCCUAUUAUGAUGUAAAUAGAAGAAAUGUAAAAUGUUUUCCAAGCAUAUGAAAUUCAUAUCUUUUUAAUCCUAUGAACUUAGUCUUAAGUCCGUUUUCUCAAUGUUUGAAAGAUAAUGUUUCCUGAAACCGUAUGUUAAGAAACCGGGCUUUAACAUCGUAAUAUUAUUGAUUCCUAGCGAAAAUAAAACAACACGUCGAAAUGAA